AUGGACUGGCGCAUCGCUACAGCCGCUUGCCGGCAGCUUGGCUGGACUUGGGGCGAUCUAGUGUCUAAUGCGGGGUCCAUGUAUGGCGGAACAUCCAAUAUGGUGCUCUGGAAUGUUCAGUUCGCUUGCCAAUCGCUGAACAGCCGCUUGGUGGACUGCCCUCGAGACCAGGACUUCUACCUUUGGGACUACAACAACGACGGUGGCGCUGUGCCGCGGGGCUAUGACGCUUACAUGGGUGUACAAUGCCACAGUGAUUUGGACUCGGAAGCUCGCCUCGUCGGUGGCAGUGAUGCCAAUGAAGGAAUCGUCCAGGUCCUUUACGGCGGACAAUGGGUCAGCAUCUAUCCCGCUCAUCUGAACUACUACCAGCAGCAGUACGGUUGGAGUUGGUACGAGGCGGGAGUGGUGUGUCGGAUGCUGGGCUGGGACACUGGCGAGGAGCUUAUGGACAUCCCUGGUGGAAUCUUCAAUCGGACGGCAGCUGAAGGCCCCCUGUACACCACAUUUUACAAAUGUAAUGGUUCUGAGAGCCAAUUGAUAGAUUGUGAUCGAGAGUUGCAGACGUAUCAAAUAUUUUCGUGGGACAUCUACUCUUACGGUGUAGCCGCUGUAAGGUGUUGGAAUGAGACGGAUGAUGCUUACGAGGGCGACCUGCGGCUGGUCGGCAGCAACCGGCCAGGUAGCGGCACACUGCAAAUCUUCCACGACGGCAAGUGGGGCGUAAUGAACAGCACAUACAUGGACUGGCGCAUCGCUACAGCCGCUUGCCGGCAGCUUGGCUGGACUUGGGGCGAUCUAGUGUCUAAUGCGGGGUCCAUGUAUGGCGGAACAUCCAAUAUGGUGCUCUGGAAUGUUCAGUUCGCUUGCCAAUCGCUGAACAGCCGCUUGGUGGACUGCCCUCGAGACCAGGACUUCUACCUUUGGCAGUUUGAGAUGAUUGGGCAGCAACACCAUUGCCGAUGCAUUACUGACAACAGCACCGCCAUCCCAAACGCCUUUAUCAGGAAAACUUUCAGGCUUAUCUUGCUGUUUUGGUGUUUGUUCGGCAUUCAAGUCGUUGCCUUUUGCGUGUUUGGCUAUGGAGAGGCCCUGGUCAACUGCCAGACUUUCACUGAGCAUUCUCACCUGCCGCGACUGGUCAUCAAUAUGUCCACCCAGAGGUGCCCUCACUGUGGACGAGAGUUCAAGGAGCUGCGCCUGCAUCUCCUUCGCAACCCCUAUGGCUGCAAGGGUGUAUCGAGUCAACGCUGCCUGGCUGCUGCGUUGCCCGGUUGCAAGCUCCAGGAGUUUUUGCGCCUGUUCAAGCAGUUUCCAGGCGAGGCCUACACCCCAUCUGCAGAUACUUUGAAGGGUAUCUACAAUUCUUUGUGGGACUACCACCUCUGUGUACCACUCACAUGCAGGACGCAAGCAAGGGACAUUAGACAGUAUGGCAUGACCGACCUGACCACAACCGGCCCAAAAGAAAGCUAUGUCAAAACCCUGUGGGCCAGCUACCAAUUCACCAACAAGAAAAUGGAGACCAUACAGCAGCAGGUUACCAGCAAGCUCAACAUUGUCACGGCCAGGGGGGCUGCACACGAUGACGAAUACGAGAGCAACUGCCUGGCGGAGUGGCCAGCCAGCCGCAUCAUUCGGCUGCAUACCGCUGGAGACAGUGCUGCAGCGGGUUUGCAUUGUCUGUGUGCCCCCAAAGGGCAAGGGGGCACUGGCACCCAGUGCCAGUGGGAAGGGCAGGCAGAUAGCCAGGCAGUCAGGUCGUCGGGAGUCAUAGAUGCAGCAGGCCUGCCACACCAGGGAGGACGUGGAGUGCUGGCACUAAACCCUAAAGUUACCAAACAGCAUAUAAAGGGCAGCGGGUUCUCUGUCUAG